AUGUCUUUAACUAUUGGAACAAGCAUGCAUGGAACCAAAAAACAAGGAUCUACAAAUGCCACAAUGUCCACUGUAAGAUCUACCUUCGAAGAUCAAUUAGCGCUUUUGCAAGAGAAUUCGCAGGUUUCCGAAAAACAUCGUCAAAACUGGGCCCGGCCGAGUGUACCCAAUAUAGAUCCAGAAGUUGAUUCAAUAAUAUUUCAGCAAUUUGAGGUUGACGAGAGUAUUGAUUAUACAUCCCCAACAAAAUCGCCAAUGAUUCGCAUGUUUGGCAUCACAGAGACAGGAAAUAGCGUCUUAUGCGAUGUCAAAGGAUUUUUGCCUUACUUCUAUGUUCCAGCUCCCAUUGGAUUUAAGAAUGACGAUGUUACGGACUUUCAAUCAGACCUUGAGUUUGCACUACAAAAGGAGUUUAAUUCACAUGGAAGGCAGCUGAUAGUUAAAGUUGAGAUCAAUCUCAAAGAGACUAUACAAGGCUACCAUGGAAAUAACAAAAGCCCUUUUAUAAAGCCCUUUGACUACUGUGUACGUAUCAUCGAAGCAGGAAAUUUUAAAUUCAAAGAAAGACAUUUGGGUCAAGCGACAUUUGAAAGUAAUAUAGUAUAUGUAUUACGGUAUAUGAUUGAUUGCAAGGUUACCGGGGGUAAUUGGAUUGAACUGCCUCCAAAAAGUUAUCGUAUUAAACAAAAAUCAGAACAAGUUUCACAUUGUCAAAUAGAAUUAGUCACCCGUUAUGAUCAAUUUAUAAGUCAUGCACCUGAUGGAGAAUGGUCAAAAGUUGCACCUGUUCGUAUUUUGAGUUUUGAUAUCGAAUGCGCUGGACGCAAAGGAAUAUUUCCCGAAGCAAAAGUUGAUCCGGUUAUACAGAUUGCAAAUAUG